CUUGAAUAUCACUGAAUAAUUGAGUAUCCAAAUAUCCAAAUACUAUGGACUUUUCUAAAAAUAUUUUUUAAUAAAUCUAAAAUUAAAAUGUAUAUUGUUCAUUAAAAAUUGUAAAUCGUCUAAAAUAUAAGGUAAAAUACUGUAUUCUGUUUCGUUCGGCAACUCUCAUUAAACUGCCGAUCAUUUUAAGCGUCAGGCUAAAAGGUUUCUUUUUUUUAUCAAGUUUUUUUUUUUUUUUUUUUUUGGUUGUUGCUAUGUAGAAACGAAUAAUUUUUGCUAAUUGUUUAUUUCUUUUUGUUCAUUACGUCUUUUUCAACGACAGCCUUAAAUUUCCUCACACUCUUUUUCUAUCAAUAGCCCACUUAUAUACACACAAUUCCUUUUACCUUCCUUUUUGCUAUAUAUCAUUAUUUAUUUUGCACCGCAUCUUCCUCACAGUAGAACACUCAUAGAUUAUGGCACCACUUGUGUUGAAGAUCAAAGGUAACAAAACCUUCACGCCACUUUCAGCUCUUAACUGCGAGGAAGAUCUAUCCAAAGCGUGGAGAGUCUGUUCCAAAGUCAGGGACUCUUUAGAAAACGGCUCAAGAUUGGAAAACCUGUCAUGGCGUUUAUGGUUUCGGCAGCACCUUUUGAACGAAAAGUCAAAUACUCGGGGGUCUUUUCGAAAGCUAUCUAUUACAACUGCUCGUAGGCUUAGUAGUAACUGUAAAUUGAUACCGAUCACCAGCACAGUCAUAACGCAACCGCCUCAACAUAGUAAAAAGAGAGCCUAUUACAAUCUUCAUGUCAAAAAGGAACCCUAUACAGCAGCAACAGACAAUUCUGUCGUCAAAAUGGAACCAGCCGAUAAUGAUAUCAACAUGGUUGUCCAUCAUGAUAAUGGUUCUGCUGAUAUACAGUUUAUGAACUCGAUGCCCCAGUUACAGCAACAACGACAACAACAACAACAACAACAGCACCAGCAUCAUCAGCAACAAUUUUUACAACAGCCGCAGCAGCCUCUUCAACAGCUGCAACAAAGCUUAGUUAUUCCAACUACCUUAGACGAUCAGACCAUGUUCGAUGCCAAUGCUUCUGCGCAAAAUUUUGCAUUACCACAAUUUACUUCGGAUCAAACCAAUGGAGAGAUCGUCCAGUUAGAUGAUAUUUUUAAUACCUUCAAUGGUACAAAUUUUGCUAAUGAGGUCACUUCUACAGAUAUUCCUACAACAGAUAUGGGUAUGAGCAUGGCAGACGGUUGGGAUUUUGGUAUACCUUCGCCUUCCAAUCCAUAUUAUUCACCGCCACCAAUGAAUCAACUCAUGAAUAAUACAACCAAUAACAAUAGUACGACUAACAACAAUAUUGACAAUAAUACAAACAGUAACAAUUCAAGUCAGAAUGCAAGCGUAUUAGGAAAUUUGACGUAUCAGACAGGAGCAACAGUACACAUGAUACCCCAACCCGCACCAUCUGAGAAUGAUGCCAUGUAUGUUUCUGGUUCCACAAUGCCUCCACCUGCUGCAAGUACCUUACGUAAUAAAUUGUUGGAAUCUAUGCAGCAGCAUUCACAGCCGAAUCAGUUACAGCAACAGCUUCAUCCUCAUCAACAAACAUUCUCUCCCUCCAACCCUCCUUCUCAACCUCAAUCGCCCUAUGCCUGUUCCCCAUUUUCGCCUGUUCCUUACGAUAUACCUCCACCACAACAUCCUCAUUCACCUGCUCCCUUCCAUCUACAAACACUUGCCAUUUCUCAACAACAACAACAACAGCAGCAGCAGCAACAGCCUUCUGCUCUGCACUUGAAUAGUAACAAUUCUUCCAUAACAAAUAAUAACACAAAUUCUCACCCAUAUACAACUCCCGGCGGCACUUCGACAUCUACGUCUUCAUCUGUAUCCCCAUCUGUGACCAACACUGCUAAUGGUGCCACUGCCAGUACAAGCAACAUGAGUUUGACGGAUAAUCAAUCUAAACCCAUUUGUACAAACUGUGGAGCUACCAGCACUCCCCUUUGGCGAAGAUCAGCUGAUGAUGAAUUAUUAUGUAACGCAUGUGGUUUAUAGUAAGUCUAUUCAUGUGAGUUUAAUAUGAUUUAGGUUUCGGUCAAAAAUUUUACAUUUCGUUUUUAAUUGUUUGCAGUCAAAAAUUGCACAACGCACCUAGGCCUAAAACAUUGAAACCCCAUAAUGCAAGAAAAGAAGCAAG